AUGCGCGCCCUCACCACCGCGUCGAGCGUCGAUCGACCGCCUCGACGGUUGAAGAUACUCGCCCUGCACGGUUUCCGCGCCAACGCGAGCGUGUUCGAGCGGCAAACGACGCUCGCGCGGUGGGAUUUGGAUCUGCGGGACAUCGCUGAGUUGUACUUUCUGGAUGCGCCGAACGCGGCGAGCGGGGCGAUACCGCGGGAUCUGGACGCGUUCUUCGGUCCCGGAGUGGAUGGGAGGGAGUGGUGGAGCGCGGAGACGACGGAACGGGGGACGAUGUCGUACGAGGGGUUGACGCGGUCGUUGGCGGAGAUGGAGCGACGGUGCGCGGAGGACGGACCGUUCGACGGGGUGCUCGGAUUCAGUCAGGGGGGGACGAUGGCGGCGAUCGCGCUCGCGAGUGAGGGUUUGAGGGAGAGAUUCAAAUUUGGGGUCAUCGUGAGCGGGAUGAAGUCGCGGGGGGAGGAGACGAAGGGGUUGAGUUACGGAGACGUCAGCGCGCCGACGCUGCACGUGAUCGGCGAAGCUGACCGCGUGGUUCCGAAGGGUUUGAGCGUCGGAUUGUUUGACGCCAUGUCUGGAUCCGUGAAGACGAUGGCGACGCACGCGGGUGGACACGUGGUUCCGCGAGCGAACGAGCGGGGAGAACCCAUUCUCAGGGCGUUCCUAGAGGAACGGCUUCGGGAGGUGCAGGGAAGCUGA